ACCGCUAGACUGUGGGGUUUAAGGGUACCAUACUCGUAGGCUACCACUUUAACCAACCACUACCAUGCCACCUAACAGGUUUUCUUCCGCAAACAGCAACCAGACCCAAGGGAACUACGAGGAAUACAGCAAGGUGGCACUCCAGGUACCCAUGAGCGGAAGCGAGAGCAUUAAAACCCGUGACGACUACUGCCUAUAUAUUGGGGCGAGGAAGUAUUAUUAUUGGUGGAUAUUGGGACUCCGCACCGUAGAAUCAGACCUAUUUGAUAUCUUCCAGGUGCUUCCUUGAAUGGCACAUUCCCCCUCCCACAAUCAAGGCAGCCAGCUCCCGAGCCCCGCUUGCUUCGGGAGACUUCCAUCUACCCACGAUCUGAUGGAGAUGGAAUCUCAGGUGGUUGUGGGCAGGAUGCAAGGGUUCAGCCGGAGGGCAUAUCAUGUUCUGUAUAGCAGGGCGGUGACUGUUGUUAUGUGUGUUUUCUUCCUGUUCUGAGGGUUUGGAUGGCAGUCACUGAUGUUUUCUCUUCCUGUAUGUAGAGAACAAGUGGUCGGAGACCACUUGUUCAAUACAUCCAUUCCUACCUCUACACAAACGUUUUCCUCCACUGCACAAGGCGUCCACUGUCGGCACUUGCUAUCACGACCCCCUCAAGUUUGCAAAAAUGGACUGCUACCGUAUUCCAUCCAGCCAACGAAAUUCGCUCUGAACCUCGGAAUCUCAGGCGGCAUGCACGGUCAGGCUAUUUUACAAAAAUCAGGCGAAUACGAGUCGAGCUGCUACUGCAAGGUGCGAAGUGCGGUAGAGGAGCGAAUCUACCAGUCCUAAAUCUAAGUAGCUCCCCCCAUCCAAGUGUACGAGUGCGGCCGAUAAAUAUAUUCGUCACGUGCCUUAUCUAAGGACAAAUCGCAGCCAAAAUGUGCACCGAAACUUUCUUAUCAGACUCACGUGACGAAUAUAUCUAUCGGCCGCACUCGUAGAUCACUAUGGGCAAGUUUUCCGUUCUCAAUCAACUUCACACCCGCCCAAUUUAUCACCUCGACAGACUUGCAGCAUGGGGCACCGGCCUCACCCAGCCCAAACAGCCACCCAACCCAUGCCACGAGGGACGAGCCCACCCUGUGAGAGUAAAAGUCCGUGAAUGGUGGGCGUUGAUGGAGGGGCCGAGCACAGCAGCGAAGUGGAAACCACGACGUGGGCUGAACUUAAGGUGAGGUGUGGGGAGUUGUUCGUGUCGCCGUUGAGAACAGAAGACUGAGCCACCACUGAACGUGCUGGUUCACUACGAGUAACGGGCGCAGCUGAUAGAUCAGAUAGUCACGUGGGUCCCCGAUAAGACAUUGCAGCGAGAAUACCGUAUAUUGGAGGGCUUCCCGCGGGAAUUUGGAGGAUCUGGAUCGCAGGGCAUUCCCAUGGGGACAA